AUGAACGGAACGGAGCAGUCAGAGAAGGCGAGCGCCGAUCAGUCCAGUCAAAAACCGCAUAAGACGCGAGGCCCGUCUUUGAAGCCGGAUACAGUAUUCCAAUGUGGAAACGUGGAGGGCCUGGUAUCAUCAUUCCGAUGGCUCGUAGACAACGCGACCUCGAGCCUCGUCCCAGACGCUGUGACAUGUCAAUUUAUCCUCGGCGUCGAUACUGUCGUUGAGAUCCGAGCGACAAGCAAAGAAACGCCCUCAUUUUUGGCCUUGAUUCAAAAGCAACCAGAAUCCCAAGCUGCUGAUGCAGAUGGGAAGUCGCUGGAGUCAGAAAAUCCUCCAGCGAAGAAAUACACCGUCAGCGUCGCUAGUGCUCUCGCUGCGUUUGGUGAUGACGCAGAAAGACUCAAGACCCAGCGAGCAUUGGCUCGAGCAAUCGUUGAAGCAAUCCAAGACGUGGAUGGCUAUCGGUACUUCGAAAAGCAGGUAUGGGGCACCAAAGGCCCGGACGGAUGUCGCUUCAGAUUUCCUUGUGUGGACUCCCUGCAAAAUAGGGAAAGGGCUGCAAACCGCUACGCCAAGGCUAAGGCAUUGAACGUGCCCGUCGAGGAGUCCGAACAUGCAUUGCCCACAUUCGACUGUGAAGGUUGCAUCGUCAUCAAGUUUUCCUCAAGGAACACAUGCGUGGAUAUCGUCUACAACCACUUGCCCAUUCAUAGGGAUGCUCCAAUACGUCCGUCGGUCGCCCGUGUUCGCGAAAGACACCGCAGGGGCUCUCAGCUAGGCACGUCGCCACAACUAGCACCAGACGGAUCGCAUCUUCCAGGCUUGGACCCCGCUCUCCAGCAUGCCCAACCGGAAACUUACCAGCCCGGAGAGCCCGUACCUGGCGCCGCUUUGAAACCUGCUAAGACCCCUCGGAAAAGGAAGAAGAAGGAUGCGGAAUCUGACACAGCCCCUGCUCCGGCUGGAGGAGUCUCGGCCACAGACGGCCUCGACACACUAGUCGACUUGUUGCAGGCGGACAUGAACGCUGGCCCGUACUACCAAUAUCCGAGUGCUGUUAACGGAAACAGUAACGUCCCUGUGUACCUUGACUAUGUGCCCACGACAACCAACGGUGCAACGGCGAAGACAGCCCAAAGCGGGCUUCCUGAUCCAGAUCGGGUAGUUCACAAGCGAAGAAAAGCCACUUGCUUGACCUGCAAAGAACGCAAAAUGAGAUGCGAUCAAGCGAAGCCAGCUUGUGGAUCAUGCGUCAAGAGCUCACGACCCUGCACUUACGAGGAUGAUUCAGCGCCGAGGCGAAAGAAGGCCAAAACGGGCGGUGAUGGUAAUAUUGCCAGACCCAGCAACAACAUCCAGGUUCCUAUCGGGAAUCCGUCUCCCAAGAAGGUCCGGAAGACGAAAAAGUCAUGA